AUGGCGCGUGGAUAUGACAGCAACGGGCAGUCACGUGAGGGCUUCUUCAACCUCACUCGGCGGAUGGACAAUGAAGAGGAAGAUCAAUUCGAUGUCGACCACACGAUCCUCGACUUUCUAGUGUACAAGACGACAGCUACCGUAUUCGAGUGGCAAGCCAGUGCGAACAAAUGGGAAUCUGAUCUGCCUGAUGCUCUGGUCACUAUGACCGCUGAGUGGAGAUCGUUUCUUUCGAAAAAGCACCAAGGCCGCCGCCUCAGUAGCCAAGCCGCUUUUCGCUCACGACUUCUGCAAUUCGUUCUCCUAUUGACUCAUCGAUACCACCCAUCAACAAGAUGGACAGACACAAAUGGCCUCCACAGUUUACGCGAUCAGAACAUGAGACGAGGCAAGCUCUGGGCCAGCACACAGACGCCCGAUCCAAUCCUUCCCCUUGAAGGUUCAUACCGAGUACCUGGCGAUGAAUUGUUGUUUGCCCGAGAGCAACGCAUGGCAGUCCUGAGUCUACCCACAAGCUUCGACAUCGGGAUGUUCAACGACUCCGAUCAUGCUUCGCUCCACGAUCUCCUUCCGUUGUUCGUUGAGCUCACAGCUGCACGUGCCAGUCUUGGUGACGAGUGGCAGCCCACAUCUGGCUGGUUCGAUCUGGCCGGUCAAUUCAUGCUCCAGGCUGUUAUCGACGAAUAUCUUAUCCAUCGUCAAUGUAGCACAGCAGCUUUCACAUCCAUCUUUGCUUUUGGGAGCUCGGGUAUCCAACGGGAAGAUGUCGAGGGAGCUGAUAUUAGGGCCGUGCGUAAUGUGUUCUGCAGAGACGGUUAUGCAUUGGAAGAGCUACCGGAAUGGACGCGCAUCAGACGCCGAUAUGUCAUAGAGGCGAGAGCGAUAGCAACACUCGAAAAUAUUGAAAGCCGGCAUUCGUAUGUCAAAUUCGAGGACAGCCUGGUCUCAUUCCUGCAGCAUCUGCACGAUACCGCAGUCAAGCCUGAUCUCAUACAAGUUGAAGAAGGACGUAUCAACAUCGACGGUAACGAGCUCUCGGAGAGGAAGUCGCGAGAGAUGAUCAAGCGCAUGAGGCUUUGA